AGAAACUGCAUCGUUUGCUGUCAUUUAAAAAAAUAAGGUACCAAAAAUACGAAAGUUGUUGGUUUUUUAAUUUUAAUUUGUGAUAAAAGCGAUUAACUGUGCAAUUAAACAGCAUUCAAAACUAAAUCGUGUAUAACAAUGACAAACGAAACGCCUGAGGUAGUUAAAAUCAACAAAUGGGAUGGCGCUGCUGCUAAGAAUGCAAUUGAUGAUGCCAUCAGAGAGGUUUUCACUGGUGAGCUGAAGUGUAAGGAAAGUUUUGCACUAAUAGAUGGACGCCUCUUCCUAUGUGCUCUGGCAGUGGGAGUAGCUCUUUAUGCUCUACUGUGGGACUACCUUUACCCAUUCCCACAAUCAAGACUGGUACUUAUAAUCUGUGUAUCUUCAUACUUCAUCCUCAUGAGCAUCCUGACUUUGUACACAACAUUCAAAGAGAAGGGCAUAUUUGUGGUGGCCAAGGAAAAAGUGGACAACAACACCAGGGUCUGGGAAGCUAGUUCAUACGUCAAGAAGCAUGACGACAAAUACAACCUAGUGCUUGUAAUGAGGGACUCCAACGGCAAGACACGCGAGGCCUCCGUCAACAAGUCCUUCGCCAACUUCAUAGACACAAACGGCACUGUCGUCCAGCCGCUCAUAGUCAACGAGAUCACUAAGCUGUACAACUCACUCUCAUCUGAGAAGAAAGAAAAGUGAUUAAAAAGUGAACGACAAGUGAUGAAAAGUUCUGCGUUCUUUUGCACAAUUUCACAAACAGUGUUAAUUUAAUCUCAAUAAAUUAUGUCAUAAACAAUAA